UUUUAUUGAUGGACAUGGAAAACAAAGUGCAUGCCCGGGAAAACCUGUCCAUGCAACUGUCCUGUCUGAGCAACUUACGUAAACAAAUACGAAAGUUCUUGCCCUCUGACGGUCUUCCCAGCAAUGCCGACCGGUCUUCGCCAGUUCGCCAUAUAACCUUAUUAAUAAAAAAAUUGGUAAGUAUAACGAGGAUCAAAACUCCUGCACUCCCGAAGAUGGUUUACCAAAGAAAGUAUAAAUACUACUGUAGCCCCAUAUAACGAGUCUUUAUUAGAGAUUCCAGGAAUAUAGGCAAGUAUUCGGUAUUCGGCGUACUCGGUCACUUUGCCGAAUAUUCAGUAUUCGGCAAAAUACCAAAUAUGUAUUACGCCUACUAUUAAAUAAACUUUGCACAAUUCAAAUGUAAGUCAAAUAAAUUUAUAUUCUCGAGAAACGGUUAUUAAGGAACUUAUACAAACCUGUAUGGUCCUUCGAGCCGCAUCCGAGUUAUAAAACCGCAUCGUCUUCAUAAUUUUCUUUAAUAUAUUUGUUUCUAGGAGAAAUAUAAUAUAAUAUAUAUAAAACAAAAGUAAUAAACUGGGAAGAGUAACGUCGCGCUGAAUAACUAACUAGGUAAUGGGUGUUAAAUUAUCACUUACACAGUCACACUAUUAUAUCCGGUGAGAAUAAUGGUGCAUCCGCUUAUUUUACACUUUCAUUAAUCCUACCGAACAUGUAACACGUUAACAACAGUUCAAAAAUGAGAAAAAGUCAUUAUUAUUGGAGUUUAAUAUUUUUUAUCGAGAUAAGUGGCACUUUCAUUGAUAUACACGAAAUCAAGAAUAAUAUUUUAAAAUGGAAACAACAGAACUUACAGAACGCACUAAAUUUUAGUGAGAUUGGGGCAUCAUCUAGUGGUAUCUUCGACUUUUCUGAUGUUAAAAAUAAAAUUUUACAAUGGAAAAAUCAAAAAUUGGCUGCUCUGUGUCCGACGAAUGGGGCACAACUUCAAAAUUUGCUUAAUUUAGUUUGUAGUACAGCUCAACCUACCAAUAUUACACUAAGAGAUGGAUGUAUAACAUGUUUUUCCAGAGUUACUUCCAUGCCAGAGGGUCCUCAAGAAUUAACUGCAUUAAGCGCGUGUGCCUCGCAGUAUUUCGUAAAUACGACUUAUGCUGCCUGCGCGACUGCACUAGCUACAUUAGCAUCUUCCGCUUUGAACGUACAGCCUUCUGGUUGCUUCAUGGGUUAUUGCGAUUUCGUGCGCUGUCUAAGAAGAACCAACUCAAUUAAUUUGGUAAGUAUCUAUUUUAUUGUAAAUCCGUUUUUAAUGUUUGCCCUAGUCAAAAUUAUAUGACUGCUAGCUAGAAUCGCGCUACAAGACAAGGACUGUCAAAGUAAACUUUGUAGCCACAGUCAAUUUACUGCCAUCUUUCGACCCAAGAUUAAAACUUUUUGAACGCCAUUUAAUUUUGAUCUUUAUAAUGUCAGUGAUAUGUGCUAAUU